AUGUUCUCUCGCCUCUCCAAAACCGACAGCACCAAACCUCUAAUCGACAACGACUCCGCAAGCGAGUCCCAGACUAGCUCCAGCCCAAAGAAAUCUCUAUACCGCAAAUUCCAAGACUCCAAGAGAGGAGAAAUCUCAGACGCCGACGUCCUAAAGUACACGGGCAUGAGCAAAGAUACCCUAAACGGGUGGGCGGCCGAUCGUCCCGGUGUAGGCGGAAACAGGGCAGCGGGGAGCAUCACGACCGGUAGCCCGUCGGGUCUGGGUGGUAUGAUGACUGAGACCGGUUACGGCGGCUGGGGUACGGAUUCGAAUAGCACCCCAAAGCUCCCACGCACGACAAAGUCCGAGAAUCAAGAGUCCAACGACGAAGCGGCUGGGGUUGUAGCUAAGAACUGA